AUGGCUCAACGAAUUAUUACUUUCGCGGUUGUCGUGUCUGUUGUCGCAGGACAGUCUGGUGGUAUUCAGAGAGGUCUCCAAUAUGGCGAGAACUGGGCACCUACUACCAAAGAUUCUGACCUCGUCUCGGCAAACUUCCCCGAUGUCAACAUCACUCUCCGGUCACCUGCAUUUUUGAAUCCCGAGAAGGUCCCCGCUCGCUUCUCAAACGGCACUGAUGGUCCCACUGAUGAUAUUGAACUCGAUUACUUCAUCCGCAGUCUGGCUCAAAAGCAUGACUGGAUGACAUACGAAUCAGCGGCCUUUCAAUCCGAAGAAGGCCGUGCGAUUCCGUAUGUCUUCCUAUCCCUGCCAAACACCAACUCAAGCAGCGACAAGUUGCGCAUAUAUCUCCAAGCCGCAAUCCACGGUAAUGAGCCAGCUGCUGAUGAGUCUGUCCUUGCGUUGCUGGGUAAGAUGGAUGCCGAGCCUGCAUGGGCCAAGUCAAUCUUGGACAAAAUGGACAUCAAGAUCCUUCCCCGAUAUAAUGUCGACGGCGUUGCAUAUUUCCAGAGACAGUUGGCGUCGAACCUUGAUCCCAAUCGAGAGCAUCUGAAGCUUAUGCGCGGUCAAUCAAGGGAGAUCAAACGGGUUGUCAGUGAAUGGAACCCUCACAUAGCGCUCGACAUGCACGAGUUCACUGUUCCUACAAUCUACGGCGGCCACUACCAGCACGGCGCCGACUCUCUCCUUUCAGGUGGCAUCAACCCCAACAUUCAUCCCAAGAUUCGUGAGCAGCUUCUCGACUUCUUCAUCCCAGCAGUUGGCGAAAAGCUUGAAUCUCACGGUCUCCGCUGGGAGCCUUACGUAACUGGACCUUCCAAUCGCACAGAAGGUUCACGCAUUCGCUUUACUGAAGCCGUGACCGAGGCACGUACCGGUCGGAAUGCCGUUGGGUUAACACAAACGAUCUCAUUUUUGCUUGAGAUGCGCGGUAUUCGUAUCGCAAAUCAGCAUUUUCAGCGUCGUGUUGCGACUGCUCUCAUCAAGAUUCAGACGAUCCUCGAGCUGGCGCGCGAUAAUUGUGAGAUGGUCAAGUCUAUUGUUGAGGAUGCCCGUGAUGAGUUUAUCAACAGCGAUGAGGAUAUCGUCAUUACCGAUUCGUAUGUCCCAGAGAAUAGGACUUUUACCAUGGUUGAUACUCGCAACGGUAGUGUUAUUCAAGUGCCAAUCGACUUCCAGCGGACUACCCCGUCUAUUGCCAAUCUCACCAGGCCCCGGCCCGAAGCUUAUGUGAUCCCACGAACUUGGUCUGACGUUGCCGAGAGACUCGAAAUCUUGGGACUGAAAGUUGAGAGAAUGAACUACGAAUUUAGACGAACCUUGGAAACCUUGACAAUUGAGUCUUCGGUUGUUGAACCAGAGCUGUAUGAAGGCACGUAUCUCAACACAGUUACCACCAACUCAACGAGUCGAGAAGUAGUAUUGCCGGUCGGAAGUUAUCAUGUCAGCACGCGGCAACAAAAUGCGGCUUUGGCGUUUAUCGCUCUCGAGCCAGAGAAUAUUGAUAGCUAUGUCAAGUUCAACAUCAUUCCGGUUGAAGCGGGAAUGGAGUAUCCUGUCUUUAGAAUCCCGCGGGAGUAA